UCGUUUUGUAAUGCUAUAAAUAUAACAAGUGGUAGAAUUAUUCAAACGCUGAACAGACGUUCGAAAAACGUCUCAGAAUUUUUUUCUAAAAGUUUCCUUUAUUUUAUUAUAAGAUGCAACAAACCUGUUCGUAUCUUUAAUUUGUUUACCGCACACAAAAGAGAGCGAUAGCACUGAAUCACUCUUCGGUAUUAUAGCAUUUUUUCUCAAACGCUUUAUCACUUAAUUAAGUUUAGAUGAUGUUUAUAGUAGUAAGCACCAAAAAGAAGUGAUAAAAUUGUGUUUUCACCUGAAUUUUGAAGAAAAGCAACAUAGAUAUAAUGGCGAAAUUACAGAUGGUACCGUUAGCCAAGGAGAUGAAAAAGAAUCCCGAACUAAAAGAAGCGGAUAUUCAAUCGUUACGCGAUUGGUGUCAGAAACAGCCUCACCUGCCGCAAAUGACCGACAGCGAAUUAGCUUUGUUUUUGCACAGUAAUUACUAUCGUUUGGAGCCAACAAAAAACACCAUUGACACGUUCUACACCGUCAGAACUCACGUGCCGGAGUUUUUUUCAAACCGCGAUCCGGUAAACGCCAAAGAUCUGCUGCAAAUGUUCAAAGUUGUGAUGAACAUGCCUCUGGAGCGUACGACUAAGGAUGGCUACGACGUGAUCUACGGCGCGCUCUCCGAUUUCGAGCCUUCGAAUUACGACUACACGUUCAACAUGAAGCUCUUCGGGAUGGUGAUGGAUCUGUGGCUUUACGGCAAGGGUACUAUGAAGGGACACGUGAUACUGGUCGACCUGAAGGGCCUUGUGAUCGGUCAUGUGGCGCGAUUCAGCCCCAUGGCUCUCAAGCGAUUUCUCUACUAUCUGCAAGAGGGUCUGCCGGUCAGGCUCAAGGGCUUUCACUUUGUCAACACGAACCCCGUCAUGGACAUUCUCAUGAACAUCAUGCGCCCCUUUAUGAAGAAGGAACUGCUCGAUAUCCUUCACCUGCACCAAAGCGUUAACGCAAUCGAGGAGUUCAAUAUUCCCGUGGAUAUACUGCCGAAUGAAUCGGGUGGUAAAGCCGGACCGGCAAAGGAACUUUUUGCGGCGGAAGUGAAAAAAUUAGAGGCUCAUCGCGAGUGGUUUAUUCAAGAGGAAAAGACUCAGCGCAUCGACGAGUCGAAGCGUCCCGGAAAAGCGAAGUCUGCUACGGAUCUUUUCGGAGUCGAAGGAAGCUUUAAGAAGCUUGAAAUCGAUUAAGUUAUGAUAAUAAGUUUGAAUGUUAAUAUAUUUACUUGAUGAGAUAAAUCAAUGUCCUUGUAAUGAAUUCUGUUCCCCUUCAUAUAGACAGUGAUACAUAAGAUUAAUAGUUAUGUCAACGUUAAAUAAAAAUAAGAUGAUGGUUCAUGUUGUGUUGUAUCAUUUAAAAAUGUCGUUUUGAUAAAAUUUAGGCUUAAAAAUUGUGAAGAAUCACAACUGUUCUGUUUAAAAUUUUAUACUGUUGAAUUCAGAUAAUAUACUCAGUAAUUAUAUAACAAAACAAUAUAUAGAAGCUGAUAAAAACCAUUUAUUUAAAAAUUGAUUUAAAAUGAAAAUUUUAUUAAAAUGUUAGCGACUAUUGAAAUACAAAAUUUAAUUACGAUUAUCACUUUCAUAUUCGACAGAAUGAAAACAAUAAAAUAAGAAUGAUGAUGAGAGUAAGAACUUACGGUCUUCAAAUAUAUAAGCAACCAAAAUGUAUGUGUCACUUCAAUGUCGUAUAAAAUAUUACCUUUUAGUUUCACUGCGUCUUCUGUGUCGAUACUAAUUGCAUAUCUAUUAAAACGUUUUGAUGUAUCACUCG